AUCGUGGUGUCCCGCGGGCGCUUGCGCAGGUUCAUCUGGAUUUUGCUAACUCUGAGUGCGGUCGGGCUGAUCCUGUGGCAGUGCGCUGAGCUCCUCAUGAACUAUUACAGCGCUUCCGUGUCCGUCACCGUCCAGUUCCAGAAGCUGACCUUCCCAGCCAUCACCAUCUGCAACAUCAACCCCUACAAGUACAGUGCAAUGAAAGACUAUUUAUCUGACCUGGACAGAGAGACAAAAAAUGCUCUGGAGACUUUCUAUGGAUUUUCGGAGGGCAAAUCCAAGGUGCGCCGCUCGGUUGGUGACGGGAACGGCACAGGGAGCGAGUUCUUCCAGCAGAUCCCCCUGCUGAAGUUUGAAGACUUCUCCAAGACGGUCACUGACCUCCACAGUGGCCAGAAGAGAAAAAUUGAGGGCAAAGUCUUUCACAAAGAUUCAUCCAUAGUAAACUCCGGGGAUUCGAACGAUAUCAUCGGCUUUCAGCUGUGCGAUGCGAACAACAGCAGCGAGUGUGCCCUUUACACAUUCAGUUCGGGCGUUAAUGCUAUCCAGGAAUGGUACAGGUUGCAUUACAUGAACAUCAUGGCACAAAUUCCCUUGGAGACUAAAGAAAAACUGAGCUAUUCUGCCGAUGAGCUUAUACUGACAUGUAUCUUUGACGGCCUCUCUUGUGACAAAAGGCACUUCACUGGUUUCCACCAUCCUCUGUACGGCAACUGCUACACCUUCAACAGCGGAGAAAACGAGACCGCCCUGAGCACCUCCACCGGCGGCAGCGAGUACGGACUGCACGUUGUUCUAUAUAUAGAUGAAGCAGACUACAACCCUUUCCUGGUGACGUCAAGCGGGGCCAAGAUCAUGGUCCACGACCAGAACGAGUAUCCCUUCAUUGAAGACAUCGGCACAGAAAUCGAGACAGCGGCGGCCACCUCCAUAGGGAUGCACUUUACUCAAUCUCGCAAGCUCAGCAAACCCUACAGUGACUGCACAGAGACUGGGGCCGACAUACCCGUGGAAAACCUCUACAACAAGAGCUACUCGCUCCAGAUUUGCCUGCACUCCUGUUUCCAGAAGGCCAUGGUGGAGUCCUGCGGCUGUGCCCAGUACACCCAGCCCUUACCCGCCGGGGCAGAGUACUGCAACUACAAGAAAAACCCCAACUGGAUGUACUGCUACUACAGACUGCAUGAAAAGUUCGUGAAGGAGCAGCUGGGCUGUCAGCAAAUUUGCAAGGAUGCCUGCAGCUUCAAGGAAUGGGACCUCACCACCAGCAUCGCCCAGUGGCCGUCCAUAGUGUCUGAGGACUGGAUGCUUCGAGUUCUCUCUUGGGACCAAGGGCAGAAAAACAACAAGAAGUUAAACAAAACAGACCUAGCAAACCUCAUGGUGUUUUACAAAGACCUGAAUGAGAGAUUCAUCUCAGAGAAUCCUGCCAACACGCUGGUCACUCUUCUUUCCAACUUCGGUGGCCAGCUGGGCCUGUGGAUGAGCUGCUCAGUCGUCUGCGUCAUUGAGAUCGUGGAAGUUUUCUUCAUUGACUCGCUCUCCAUCGUGAUGCGGCGGCGGUGGCAAAAGGCGAAGAAAUGGUGGAACAACCGAAAAAGAAAGCAGGGCGGGAAGCCGUGCCAGGAGAGCGAGCUGGAGAGACAAGGCCACGAGAACCCCGCGUGCAUCGACGAGGACCUGCCCACGUUCAACACGGCGCUGCGCCUGCCGCUGCCCCACCAGAGCCCACCGCCCCGCACGCCGGCGCAGGGCGGCCUCGGUGCUGGCGCCGGGAUGUUGCGGAGCUGGGCCCGGCUGCGGCGCCGCUCCACGCUGUGCAAGGCCCGGCCGGCGCCGCACGGCCCGGGCCAGGACUACCCAAUGGCCCCGCGUCUUGUGGGUGCAGAGCAGCUACAGACCCUGGUGCCUCCUGCACGGGGAGGCCUCUUGUGA